AUGGAAAGACCACUGUUUUCUGUUCUCUUCUUCUUGCUGCUAACCUUGAUAAGCCCCAUCUUGCUGAGCUGGGCAUGGACUGCACCCAACUGUGCCAUAGCCAACAGCUCCCUGUUGCCCAACAUCUCUUUCCACGUUCCUUCCUGCACCCUGAUCCCAGGACUGCACUUUUGCGCAUCAUGCUUCAAUAUUUCAGACUUGGCCCAGACCCUGGACAUGGUGCCUCCAAAUAUAGAGACUCUCUGUCUCCAGGGCUCAGUGCCCACACUGCCAGUAGACGCUUCCACGCUCCAGCUUCUGAGGCUGCAGAUGGGCAACCUGCAGAUCACACUGGAGGCAUUUCACGGCUUGCACAGAUUGCAGCAACUCUCCUUUGAGCACCACACUCCCUGCUGUGUACAUCCGCUCCUACCUCUUGAUGCCCUUGAGCCCCUCCAAUUCCUCAACACCCUUUCCUUCCAAGGCUACUGCCUGCAUCGCAGCCAGAAUAUCCAGCCGCCCAUCAGCCUGACUCAUCUCUCCCUGAGACACAGCUGUCUGAUGGAGCUGUGGGAACUGCAAGGGCUCUUUCCAAACCUUGUCCCUGCUUCCACUCCUGUAACCAGUGGCAGCCCGAGAACGCCCUACCUGCAGGUGUUGGAUCUGUCUGCCAACCCACAGCUAAGCCAGGUAGGUGGCAGAGCUCUGCACGGCCUCCAGCUCCACUCCCUGAGGUUGGAUCGUAUCCUGUUGAGUGCAUCAGACCUCCCAGAUUUGGGACUUAGCCACUUGAACACCCUUUCGCUCGUGGGAACAAGUCUGGAAAAACUGCCUGGGAAUGUGACAGCCUACUUGGAACUUAGUGCACUUGACCUGGGGAGGAACCAAAGCCGGAGCAUCGAGGAGGGAGAACUCCUGCGCUGUGACUCCCUGGAGUUCCUCAGUCUUCAUGCCAACAGCCUGCAAUUACUUCCUUCCAGUUUCCUGUGUGCUCUAGCCCAGCUUCAAAAGCUCAACUUGUCAAUGAAUAAGCUGGGCCUCACCUUGAGGCUCCCAGAAGGACUGGUCAGCUCACACCUGAGAGUGUUAGAUCUGUCCCACAAUGAGCUCUCCAUGCUCCCCCCUAGGGCAUUCUCUUCUCUCCCUCAACUCGAAGAGCUCUGGCUGAGUGGUAACAACAUCUCCAAUUUAUCCAGUGAGAGCCUGGAGGGGCUGAGAUGGCUGAAGACUCUAGACCUGAGCUGGAACCAGAUUGAGAUGCUGACUCCAGGCUGGCUUUCCUCGCCCCCUGCCCUCACCUCACUGCACCUUUUGGGCACCCAUUUAGAUAGAAUCUUGGGCAAUCAGUUCCAGGGCCCCCAGAGUCUGAGUCAUCUGUGGUUGGGUUCUACUACUGCUCUGGAAAUCUACCCUCCCUGGCCUCCAACACUGCUUAGCUUGGAGAUGCAGGCAAUAAGCUACAUUGAUUUUAACCCCCCCAGAGAAGAACCGUUCUUAUUCUUGGAGAACCUGACCAUACAAACUACCUACCUGUUGCUGCCCUGGCACAGCGAGGGCAUUCACUUUCCUAACCUUCGGCACCUCACUCUGCGAGGCUGCGAACCCCACAUUUUUGACAGCAAUAAAUCCACAAGCAUCUUUUCACAGCUUCCAUACUUACAUUUCUGGUUUGAUGGUGAUGUUUUAGGAUAUCUGAAACUCACUGAGCUGCCCAGGCUGCGAGUGCUUGAGCUGGGGGACUCGACCUCUUCCAUACAGCUACAACCAGCAAAGCUAAAGGUGCAGCUGGAGCAGCUGCCUCGGUUGCAGGUGCUGGCACUGAGCAGCCUGCACCUUAAGACCUUCUCUGUCUCCAAGUUUGGAAGCUUGCUUCUUCAGCUGCAGCUGCUGGUGCUCAGCUCUGAAUGGGCUCUGGAGCUAGAUGACGGCCUUGAAGAACUGACACCCCAGAUGCCUCCCUAUGUAUAUUUCUCAGAUAUUACGUUCACCUGUCAGUGUGAAAACUCUUGGCUGAGUCCAUGGGCAGUGAGAACUCCCAAAACCUUUAUGUAUGGGCUGGAGAGAUCUAUCUGCAAGGUUGAUGCCUCUGAUGACUCCAACAGGACCCUACUCUCCUUCCUUUCUGCCCACUGCCAACAGGAUCUUAAGUUUCAGAGCUUUCUUGCCAGCUUCUCUUCAGUGUUCCUGUUGACCUUCUUUGCACUGCUAGGCUGUCCUCAAUGGUCCUGGAGUUACCGUCUCCGAUCCCUGUUUCAUGCCUGGUUCUGGAGAAUAGGAGGGCGGUGCCCCAGAAAUCAAUUCCACUUUGAUGUCUAUAUAUCCUAUUGUGGGCAGGACCAAGUCUGGGUGCUGGAAAAGCUAGUUCCUUCCCUGGAGAAGCCUCUUCCAAUUGGUGAAGGUUUGAGGCUCUGCUUGCCUGAGAGGGACUUUGGAGUUGGGCAAGACAGGAUAGAGGCUAUAGAUGCCAGCAUGGAGAACAGUAGGACCAUCCUCUGUGUGCUCAGCAGCCAGGCCUUGCAAAGUGCCUGGUGCAAUCUGGAGUUAAGGUUCGCCACCUACCAUCUACUGGCCAGUCCUAGGACCGCUCGGCUCCUGCUGCUGUUUCUAGAACCUAUUGAUUGGUCUCAUCUGCACAGUUACCACCGCCUGGCCCGUUGGCUACAGAAGGAGGACUACUUUGACUUGUCCCAAGGGAAGAUACAGUGGGAUGCCUUCUGUGAGCAACUCCGGAAAAGGAUAAAGAAAGCCAGGCAAGACAGAGAAGACUAG